AUGGCCGCGCCGGGACCCCGCGCCUUACGGGCUGCGCUCUGUGGCGGCUGCUGCUGCCUCCUCCUGUGUGCCCAGCUCGCUGUGGCUGGUAAAGGAGCUCGAGGCUUUGGGCGGGGAGCCCUGCUCCGCAUGAACAUCUGGCCAGCUGUCCGAGGGGCCUGCAAACAGCUGAAGCUCUGUGAGCAUUGUGUGGAGGGGAACAGAGUACACAACCUCUCUGGCUGCGUGUGGGAGCAGUGUCAGCCGGAGGAGCCAGGACACUGUGUGGCCCAAGGUGAGGUGGUCAAGGAAGGUUGCUCUGUCUACAACCGCUCAGAGUCAUGUCCAGCUGUGCACCACCACCCCACUUAUGAACCGAAGACCAUCACAACAGGUAGCCCCUUGGUCCCUGAGGCCCACGGCCCUGGCUUUGAUGGGGCCAGCUUCAUUGGUGGCAUCGUGCUGGUGCUGAGCCUGCAGACAGUGGCCUUCUUUGUCUUGCGCUUCCUCAAGGCCAAGGACAGCACCUACCAGACACUGUGA